AUGGCUGAAUCAGAGAAGCCCGGCUUCGAGGAAGCGGCGCUUGAUAAGUCCCGUGACUCUGAGAGCAAUGCGCAGGGAAUCUCCCUUCAAGAGUCGGAUUUCGGCUUCACUCCCGAGGAGCAAAAGAAUAUUAUCAAGAGGAUUGAUAGAAGACUUGUCGUCAUUUUAGGCUUCAUGUAUACAGUGAGUUUGAUGGACAGGACAAAUCUCGGCUCCGCAAACAUCGCGGGAAUGUCCAAGGAGCUCGUCCUCAUCAACAACCGCUAUAAUAUUGCCAAUCUCGUCUUUUUUACUACAUACAUUGUCUUCCAGCCUCCUUCAACUGUUCUUAUCCGUAAGAUUGGGCCUCGCACCCACCUGGCUGUCAUCACGCUGCUCUGGGGCGCCGUCAUGAUUGGCAUGGGCUUUGUCAAGAAUUUCGAGCAACUUGCGGCGAUGAGAGUAAUUCUUGGUGUCCUCGAAGCGGGAUUUUUCCCGAGCUGUGUCUACCUUCUUUCGACCUGGUAUACACGUUACGAGGUUGGAAGGCGAUAUUCCAUGUUUUAUCUCUUGGGCUGCGUCGCCUCGGCCUUUGCCGGUAUCCUUGCCUAUGGUCUCAUGCAACUCAAUGGUCGUGAAGGCCUCACCGGCUGGCGCUGGAUCUUUAUCAUCGAAGGCACCCUCACAUGCGCCCUCGCCGUCAUCGGUUACUGGCUCCUUGUCGACUUUCCCGAUUCAAAACGUCUGACAUGGAAUUUCCUCGGUCAACGCGAGCUUGACUGGGUCGUCCACCGUAUUCAGCGCGAUCGCGGCGAUUCAAAGAUACCUCCGUUCAACCUCCGCAAGUUCCUUGGCGCUGGUACUGACUGGAAAAUUUGGGUUUACGCAUUGAUUUUCGGAUUUUCGACCACAAUCACUUAUUCGCUGGCUUUCACCCUCCCCCUGAUUUUAACCCGAAGCCUCAAGUUUUCCGUUGGGGCAUCGCAAUGUCUUGUUGCUCCACCGUACGCCCUGGCUGGUAUUGUGAUGCUUCUUGGCGCCUGGGUUGGUGAUAAGCUAAAAAUGAGAGGCCCCAUCAUCAUCUUCAACAUGGUACUCUGCCUCAUCGGAUUGCCCAUUAUGGGCUGGGCUCCUCAUCCCGGUGUUCGUUAUUUCGGCGUCUUUCUUGUCACGGCUGGUGCCAACGCCAAUAUCCCCGCUACCAUGUCACUACAGGCGAACAACGUGCGCGGGCAGUGGAAGCGAGCGUUUUGCAGUGCUACUCUCGUUGGGUUUGGAGGCAUUGGAGGCAUUGCGGGAAGUCUUGUCUUUCGUGAGCAAGAUGCCCAAUCCGGUUAUAAGCCCGGCCUCUAUGCCUCAAUAGGAUCCUCUCUAUUAAUUAUUAUUCUGGUUCUUCUCCUCGAUUUUGGCUUUUGGAAAGCAAACACCAAAGCAGACAGAGAAGGCAUUUUGCUUGAAGAUCAUGAUGAGGAUGCUGGACCCGAUUUCCGAUACACAUAUUGA